AUGGCCGAAUUAGAUAAAUUAUUGCAUGAAUUGCUUUUUGUAAUUCAGCAGAAUUGGAAUGAAAUCCCAAAACAUCUAAUUAAUACGCCAUCCUCAUGUUCUGCAACUUCGAUACUCAAUCCUUUUAACGGCACUGUAAUACGACAAUUCACAGCUUACUGGAAAUUGAUACCCGGACAACCGGAAAUCAAGCUUGCCUUCAUGCGGAGCGAUAUGCAAAUUCUCAUCCUUUCAUUCAAAAAUGAAAAAUUUAUUCUAAUUGAAAUUCCAAUUUUUUUUGAUCUGGCUCAAACAGUAGCAGUGAUGGAUUAUUUAGUAAAGCUCUUGGAUUCACUAUGCCCACCAAAAGGCGGUCAUAUAAAUGCUUCAUCGAAAUCAUCAACCAUUAUGUCACUGGGUUUUAUGAAUGAAUCACAUUUGGUCCGUCUGGCAGGUUUAUCAGGUGCUUUGGCAAUAUCACUUGGUGCGUAUGGAGCCCAUGCUUUACGUGAAAGUGGAAAUGCAGAUGAACGGCGCUUACGUUCUUUCGAAACUGGUAAUCGUUACCACCUGAUACAUUCGGUAGCAUUAUUUCUUGCUAAUAAGGCACGUUUUCCAUUGCUUACUAUUUCGCUUUUUCUUGGUGGUAUGGCAGUGUUCUCGGGAUCUUGCUACCAUUACAGCAUCACCGGAAAAGAAAAUUUCAGAAAGUACGCCCCGAUUGGUGGCGUCAUGUACAUUUUAGCCUGGAUUUCGUUCUUAUUUUAA